UACUUUCCAUGUGUAAUGUACCGCAAACUACGAUCUAUGCUUCCCAUUUUUGAGCACUUUAAGACACCUUUUUUAAGCAGAUGAACGUAAUUGACGAAUCUCCGAUGAAAACGAACGAGAGUGCGUCUACGCGAAGGGUCCACUGCGGCGAGCUUAUUAGGAGGGCGUAAAAGCCAAGUUGGCGAUUAGCAGAACCAAUGAAAUACUCUGUCAAAAAAGAAAGGAGACGUCUUUCUGUUCGAAGCUAAACAUAUGGUAAUUUUAAAGUUUUUGUUGUACUGUUUUCGAAUCAAUCGUUUUUGUAAUCGAACACGUGGCCGCCUUUUAUCUCAAAGAUCACAGAGAAGCUUGUUUGAAGAGGACUCGGUCUCGUAAACAGCACGUUCAAAACUGUGAUCCAACUGAACAGGUCAUAACACUGCUCUUGAAAAAAAAACAAACAGUGCAUUUCAAGAAGAACUCCGACGCUGGAAGUAACUACGACAUGAUUUUAAACUGGCUUUAACUAAGACAAACGUUGAUGAUCUUGGUGUGGAAAUCCAUCAAUGUUUCACACAAGCGUUUCGGGUGCAUUAUUUAAGAAACAUCGUAUCUCUAACAAUAACAAAAACCAGCGAAAAUCAAUUUCCGAUUAUCCCAGAACUUCUAUUGGGUCUACAAACGACCGGCGGGUGAAAGGGUCAUUUGCUUCUACCAACGACAGGCGUUUGACGAUCAACGUGAGUGGAAUUAAGUUCCAAACGUGGCAAAGUACACUGUUGCGCUUUCCUGACUCUCUGUUAGGAAGCAUCGAUACGAUGCAGCAAUUCUACGACGCGCGACGGAAGGAGUAUUUUCUUGAUCGAGACCCAUAUCUGUUCAAGUUUGUACUGAAUUACUACCGUUAUGGCAAGCUUCAUUGCUCGCAAGAAGACUGUCCCGCGGCUUUCGAGGAGGAAUUGCAAUUUUACGGGUUUUCAAUUUACGAUGUAAACAAUUGCUGCUGGGAUCAUUGCAGUCCAAAAGAGAAAGGUGUUCUCGUCGAAGGCGACAAUGACGAACUUAAGGGGGAAUAUUUAAAUUGCAACGGCAAUUUAUGCGACUUACAUUGCGAACCAAAACUCACUCUUAAGCAGAAGAUUUGGCGAACCAUAGGCCCCUCGAAGACGACUAAUACUGGAGUGAUAUUCCACAUAAUUUACGGGUUUUUCAUAUUUGUAAGUGUUUUAAUAGCUUCAUUGGAGACACUGCGUUGCGGGGAAACAUCGACGUGCGGAGAGGAACACCACCAAAUAUUCUUCACCAUUGAGUCAAUAUGUGUCAUCAUUUUCACAGCUGAGCUCUUGAUUAGGUUCUACGUUUGUCCGCAAAAGAAGAAAUUUAUGUUAGACGCAAUGAACGUAAUCGAUUUAUUAGCAAUAGUUCCUUACUAUUUAACUCUGGUAGUGGAAAGUUUUGGUGGGGAGACAAGUUUUCUGCAGAUACUUAAGGUGUUAAGAGUGAUUCGUAUUCUGAAACUCACCCGGAACUCUCGAAGACUUCGGUGCCUUUUGUUGACUUUACGGCGAUGUGCUGUCGACAUCGUCUUCCUCUACUGCAUCUGUUUCUUGGCGAUAAUCUUAUUUGGAACAGCGAUUUAUUAUUUAGAACUCGCGGAGGGGGAUCCGCAGUUUUCAAGUAUUCCAGAAUCAUUUUGGUACAUCUGUGUCACUCUCAUGACUGUGGGUUACGGGGACGUCGUGCCGUCAUCGAUUCUUGGUAAGAUAGUUGGUUCCAUUUGCUGUGUUUCUGGAGUAGUUUUACUUGCGUUGCCGAUUCCAAUCCUGCAAGAAAAACAAGUACCAUGCACGUUGGAAUCUGUGACAGCAAGAAGGAAGCGGAGGCCUGGUGAAAAGACAAAUGUGGAGUGCGCAACCUGUUUGGAGGAAAAGCGCUGUUCACUAAGGGAGAUCUUUAAAGGUGAAACGAAUGGUGAUAACUCGAACCUCAUGGGAAAUAACAUUGGACAUUAAAUCAUUAGGCAUGAUGUUUUCAAAUCCCUUUCAGUCUCAAUAAUGCUUUUUCUCAACGAAAAUUAGCCCAUUUCACGAUUCGAUCUUGUUGCACCAUUCAGUGACAUUCGCAUUGCGAGGUUCAGAGCCAAACGUUAGACCGCCAAGAAAUCAAUUUAAAGUGGACCAAUUAUUUCUUCAAAUUAUUUCGAUGCGUAACAACUUGAUUGAUAGAGUACUUCAGCAUGCAAUGAAGUAGCAUCGCCCUCUCAAUUAAUCAGACGAAAUACUUUUCUUUGCUGUGAUUGGGCGUUGCGAUUAGAACCACACCCAAUCGAAAAGUGCGUUAUUGUGAAAAACAAAAAACAAAAAAAAAAACCCACAGCCCCCAUCUUCUCUAGUCUAUAUAUCAAUUCAGAGGUAUUAUUAGUUAGAAUUUCUACUAUUUUUCAGAAAGAAAUUCUUUAAUUUCAUAUUAGAGAGAGCGAAAACAGCUAUAACGUGUACUCGAAACGUUAGCCAUACUAUAGGUAAGUUUUUAGCUAUAAUCGAUGUUUAUGAAUUCGAGAUAAUAUUUUGUUACAUAACCGCUGGUCAUAUUUGUCAAGGUCCAUCAUUGCGCUUCAGUUAUGUUUAGGUCGGUAGUGUUAAAGGGGAGAGUGGAAUAGUUGAAUAGAACCACAAUCUUUUAAUUUUCUUUCAACGGUAGAUUUAGUGAGUAAUUCUGUAUUAACGAGACAAAACGCAAAAAGGCUUCUUAAUCAGUGAAAUCGAGCAUCGGAUAUCAAAGGUUAUCGACUGAUGCGGGCCAAUGCAUAACCAAUAAUCGAUUAAUAUUGACUGGAAACGAUAUCUUACACCCUAUGAAAGCGGGCCGAGUAUUAAUUGACGCAAAAAGUACUUAACAUUAUUUCACAAAAGUUGCUGACUUCUUGGAUAAAAAGAACACAAAAUCAUUGAUCUGACAAGAAAAUCGUGAUAACGAAAAACAGUCAAUUGAUCUCGAUCAUGCCUACAAAGUUACAAAAAUAUCUCAGAUAGAUAAGUCAUCGAUUUUAGAGAUCAGCGAAUUAAUUGGAAUUGACUGAUAUCGACUUCAAUCGAUAUUGCAAAUAGGACAUCUCGUUAUAUUCUGCCAUUUUAAUCUGCUCCACUUCCCCAACUCAAAUUCACUCCACGUGCUAGUGCACAUACGCCGUUUGAUAAUACAUGGCAUUUAUGACCUUUUAGAUAAUACCAUAGUCUAUUAUAUUCUGUACCAUAAUUUUCCGCAGAAAAGGAAGCUAUUUCACACUGAUAAAUUCAGAAAAUUUUGUUCAAUUUUACAGCUCAGCAAUGUCAGCUUGUGAUGAACGCACAGACUUGAUGCAUUUUGCUAUUACAUGUUGUACUCAGAUAGCUAAUAACAAUAGUUAAGACUCUUGAGGCUGAAAACCAGAGAAUUACAUAUUAUCCAAAAAAAUUAUGAAUACUAAAGAAAUCAUUGCGCGCGCCGGAAAGCAAAAAUAAAAUUGUCAUCACAGUGGCAAAGCUUUUGCUCUCGUGUGCUAACUUUGUGUUCAAUACGUUGUGAUUAUCCACCAAUUAUAUGAUACCCUGUAUUGUAAACAAAUUUCAAUUGGUUCUGAUGCGAUCACUAGUGAUCUAUUUUAAGACGUCACCACUAAUAGCCUUUUGCUUUUUUAGAUAGAUUCCAUAUUGCCGUCCGUGGACAAACAAAAAAUCAAAUGAACAGAACAAUAGCUGAGCACGUGCACUUUAGAACUUUGUACAUUUAGUUUUGUACCUCAGCUUUGUACUUCGGCCAAACCUGUGUUGGACCCUCUCCUCAUUGUUUAAAGUUCCUUAGAAAUCACAUAGGACGUCGAAAUGUGGUAAAAACAUCAGUUUCCCUUUUCUGUUUUUACCACAUUUUGAAGUCAUCUGUGACCUGUUACUGACCAGACGCAGGGCAACAUGGGAUAUUUUUGUUCAAUAUACAACCAAGUUGAAAAGCUAGGCUAAAGCUAAGAGGAGAUUUGCGUCAACUACUUAAAGCAUUCGCCAAAUAAUCGGGUAACGUCAAAACCAGGGAACCCUUGAGAGAAGUAAUGGUCAUGACUUUGACCAACCAACUGGAAAGCUAGUUUAAGCUUUCUGAGGAAAACCAUACAGAAAAAAGACCUACAUAAAGCACCAGGGAAAAGAACCAGUUAGUGAAGAUGUCACACAGAAUUAUACAAAACCGCAGGU